GGAGAGUAAUGUAAACAGAAGAGGGACUGGAGAGAGCUAACGAUUCGCCCACGAAAAAUUUACAUAAUUUGCUGAAAAUGGCGGACGAGCGGAGUCCGCGGCGUCGGAAGCGAACGUUUUCAACGACUUCGACCAUAUCCACGGACGAUUACCAAGAUGCAAGUGAACAGAUUGUUGAAGAUAUUACACUGGAGUUUUUUUACAAGCCACGGUCCAUCACUGCGCUGGCUUGCCUGGUGGUGUACCUAGUCUACUCUGCUUUCACCAGAAACCCAGAAGCUACUCGUGAGGAGAAUAUAUGGAGUGGAAUGGUUUCUCUUGCUGUUGUGUUUCUAGUUCUGAGUCUUCUUGUCAUGCCAAAUGGCCCAUUUAUCAGACCUCAUCCAGCCCUUUGGAGACUAAUAUUUGGUAUGAGUGUUCUUUACAUGCUCUUCUUAGCAUUUGCUUUGUUCCAAACUCGUGAAGACUUCAGAAAGAUUCUGUUUUUCUUUGACCCUAAAUUGAAGCUUGAAGGACCAGAUACUAAGGAAUAUGCUGUGAACUGUUCUCAAGUGACAUUAGCACGUCUUUGGUCUCAUUGUGAUAUCUUUGCCUUUGCCCAUUUCUUUGGUUGGGCUCUAAAGGCAUUACUGAUUCGUAAUGCUGGACUCUUGUGGACUGCAAGUAUCACAUGGGAGGUCACAGAGGUGUUCUUUUCUCACUUGUUACCUAAUUUUGCUGAAUGUUGGUGGGAUGCACUUUUGCUUGAUUUCCUGAUCUGUAAUGGCUUAGGAAUUCACUUCGGACUUUUUGUGUGCAAGAUAUUGGAGAUGCGCAAUUAUCACUGGGAAAGUAUCAAGGAUAUUCACACGACCACUGGAAAACUGCGCCGUGCAGCCAUGCAGUUUACUCCUGCAAGUUGGACUCAUGUUCGGUGGAUGGAUCCUAAAUGCUCUUACAUGCGAUUCUUUGCCAUAUGCCAGUUGUUGAUUGUAUCACAAAUUGUAGAACUGAAUACAUUUUUCCUUAAACACAUUCUCUAUGUCCCAACCUCGCACUGGCUGAACUUUUAUCGUCUGGGUAUCAUCAGUCUCAUUGUUGCACCGUCUUUGAGGCAGUACUAUGUGUACAUAACAGACACAAGAAGUAGGCGACUGGGAACACAGGCUUGGGUGUUAAUUGUGAUCACAUGCUUAGAAGCAUUAAUCUGUAUCAAAUAUGGACUGGACAUGUUCAAGAAUACAGAAAUUGCUAGCAUUGCUCUGUGGCUGCUUUUUCAGAUGGCUAUCAGUUUAAUGGUGCUGUAUUUCAUGGUCAUGACUAAAACAAAGGGGCAGAAAAAGCCUAAAUUUCUAGAUGAAAUUCCUGCAGAAGACCCAAGUACAAAAACCCUGACCUACGUUAAAACAAACGGAAACCACAUUAUCCAGAAAGAGAGCCUGGAGCAUGACACCAUUGUUACCAGUGGCAGCUACCAGAAUGGAACUGUCGUGCAUGGAGAGGAACUUCAUCAUGAGAGGAGCCUGAGAUCCAGUAAACACAGCCAGGAGGUACCGCUUGAUCACAAACCCGCUGACCCUAAUCAGCUGCAGGCUCAGGGAACACGUAAGAGGAAGCCAAGAAGAAGCGAGUUAGGGGGACACUUGGGGGGUGUAAAUUAUGAAGUAAAAACCCGUCUGAGGACGCGGAAAUCUCAAGCAGGGCUGUAGCUAUAGUUAAUGAUUCCUAUUUAACUACAAAUGUUAUGGAUGUAUAUGGAUUACAGCAUGUGAGCUAGUCUCAACAAGCUUGUAUUUUAAGAAUACGCGUAUAUGCAUUGAAAUCGAGUUCAAAUCACUAGAAUCUGUUUCAUGUGAAUACCUAGAUGGCAUAACAUUCUAGGGAGGGGGGGGGGGGCUCCCAUGUUAAAAGGAUUGGGGUGCUCGUCGCACCUUUUAGGGGUUAAAAAACGCGGUUUUCGUACCUCUUAAGGUGUUCUGCCUCAAAAAGUCCACGGUGGAAGCUUUGCGGUACCUUGUAGGGUAUUGAGCCAAACAAAAUAUGACAGGCGAUAAUGUCAUAUUUCAGAAUUGGUACUCUUAAGGGGUAAACCUCUAAAAAAUUUCAAGCCGUGCCCACAAAACAGGAUCUUGGUACCUCUUAGGGAUUCUUUUCAAAAUUUGCGAUGAGCAUCCUCCUUUUUGUAUGGGACUUUCCCCCGUGCGUAACAUGUGUUAAUUUCAUAAGCUUACUAUUCCUUCGCAACUAGAUUCAAAGUUAACUCCACUACACUCAAUUGACGUAAGUUCUAAUCAGAUUAAGAUUCCAAAAUUGCUUGCAAUUUAAACAUAGAAAUGUACUUCAGUCACAAAAGUGUCAGGCAGAGAUAAGGCUAUCUGUUUUGUACCAAGCUAUAAGAGAUUUCUGAAAACACACUUGCAAAGCCAAAUAUUAUAAAAUACAGUCGAAACUCCACAAACGGCCAGCUCACCACAAUGGCCAUCUCUCUAAAACGGUUACUUUUUUGUCCCGGCGGACUUUCUAUACAUUUACUCUUUUAACCUCUUCAAUGGCCACCUCUCCACAAUGCCAACGGCCACUAAAGUGCGUCCAAACUGCCAAAAUAACCUCUCGACAACGGCCAGUGAACCAACGACUGCAGUGGUUUCAUUAAGGGCCGCGCACCGGGCAAAUUGACCGGCUGUGAGGGUGAUUUUGGUUGCCUGGCUUGACCAUGGAGAGGAAAGGUUUUCUUGUAAAGAAGUUCAAUUCAAAACGUUUUGCCCUCCUGUGAAAACCAGUUGCCCUGUUGCUGAAAACGUUAUGAAACCCCUGCGACUGAUGGGCGGUGUACACAAUUAAUCCCCAUUAUUUAUUGGGAAAGGUCACAAAACUUGAUCCAUACCGCGCGUUGUUUGUCUUUUUUUCUGUUUGGUUUCUGUUCUAUUGAUACAUUUGAUUGUGUAACGUAUUAACAUGCCACACUAAGCAUUUUUUAAAGAUAAAAAUGUUACACCCCCGAAAAAAGUAGGUGGCAUAUUAUACCCCUACCUCCCCUUCAAGGUCAUGUUGCAACUCUCGUAAGGUCUCACAUGAAUGGCUUGCUACCCUUUGAGAGGACAAUAGAACAAACAACAGAAACAAUGCCCCUAGCCCUAAAACAAUAACAGCUGCUGCAAUGACGACAAAUAGUGUUACAAGCUUACGAGAACUGCUACACUACCGCCAAAAACGGUCACCUCUCUAGUACGGCAAAUUUCAUCUGUCUCCAAGGUGGCCUUUGUGGAGAGGUUCGACUGUAUAGCUUGUUUGGGACAUUGUCAAAGUUUAAGCUCACACAAACACACUACCCUCGGUACAUUGUACAUGUGUAGACAUCAAGAUGUUAGAUAUCUCAGUUAAAAUGCUUACUGUUGUAUAACUUACGUCCAGAAGUAUUACAUAUCGACAAUUAUUUAACGCAAACGAAUUUUGAUGUAUAUUUCCGUCUGUUGAUUACUGAAUACUUUCAAUCCAUGCUAAAGUUGUGUUUGAAUAUGAUCAGGGUUUUCUCUGAUUUUCCGAACUUUUCGUUAGGCGGAGAAAUGUAGCGUCGAUUUCAACCGCUCUCUCGUGUCCAGUCUACUUUCCUCUUCGAGGGAGAGUUCGGGAGAGAACCGCGGGCUCUUUUCUCGAACAGCUGUUGGUAUUCAAGCCUAGGAGCUAUUAUGAGUGGAAUGUUGAUAUAUGACUGCUUCCUAUGCUAUUUAUAGCCGACUGAGAUAUAUUCGAUGUCUGGCUUUCCAUGAUUUGUAGAUAUACUAAUAUUUAAAAAAGGAAUUACUUUAAAAUGCGGAUUUGUAAAACAGUUGUAAUUACAUGUAUCUUGUGAAUUGAACUCAUCACUUUCCAUGUUGUUGCCAGAAAUGGGCAAAAUGAAAAAAAGGUGAAUCUAAGUGUUUCAACUAAUUAUGACGGAGAUUAUGUGUCUAUGUAGUGUUUCGUCUUUUUUUUAAUUGAUUAUGCAAUAAAAGAACAAGCGUAGGAGCAGCUGAGUGCGAGU